AUGAAAUUUUGCUUUGCUUAUGGAUCAGGUGCGUUCAAACAGGCUAAUAAUGACAGCAAUAAAAUGCUGGAUCUUAUAUUUGUUGUACGUAAUGUCAACAAAUGGCAUACAGAGAAUUUGGCAAACAAUCCUAAGCAUUAUGCUCAACUAUUGAGACUCCUUGGCCCUAAAGCAAUCACAAACAUACAAGAAGAAUUGGGUGCUAAAAUAUUUUAUAACACAUUGGUCAAGACAAGCCAAGGUCAACUCAUAAAAUAUGGAGUAAUUUCUGAGGUUUCAUUGGUAGAAGAUUUAUUAGACUGGAAUGAUUUGUACUUAGCUGGAAGAUUACAUAAACCAGUUAAAGUAAUUGUGGAACCAGACGAAAAUUCUCAAUUGCGCACUGCUUUGGUGCAGAAUUUGCAUUCGGCUGUACAUGCAGCCUUGCUAUUAUUGCCUGAGCAUUUCACAGAGAUUGACUUUUUUAAGAAGAUCACCAGUCUGUCCUAUCAUGGCGAUUUUCGAAUGAUCUUUGGCGAGAACAAAGAUAAGAUCAGUAAUAUUGUAUUACCACAAUUGCAUCAUUUUAAACAAUUGUACGAACCAAUCUUGAAACACUUUGACAAUUAUAUAGAUAUUCCAAAAUCAGAUCACGUGAUUAUUACAUGUCAUCAAGAUAUCAGUCCAGCAACUAAAAUCCAUCAUUUAAAUCAUUUACCUAGAAUACCACAGGUUAAACUAGUCAGAGCAUGGUCUCAGGGUCCAAGAUCAAAAGAUACCGAGGAUUGUUUGCGUGCUAUAGCACACGAUCCAGAAUGCUGUGAGAUAUUGGAGCAAUGUUUGAAAGAGAUUGUUUGGAGAUCUAGUGUGACGCAAAGCUUAAAAGGAAUUGUAACAGCAGGAUUUGUAAAAUCUGUUAAAUACAGCGGCGCCAAAAUAAUUAAGAUGCUACAAACGAGUUCCCCCAACAAUAUUUUACCCAAGCCUUCUCUCUCUGACUCGAGUAAAAUUAAUAAAGUUGUUGGAACUGUUGUAAAGAAAACAGAAACAAAAAAGGAUGCUGAAAAACAUGUCGAAUAG